CGAAUAAUUGUAAAGUCGUUUGAGUGCGCGGGGCCGGGGCGAGGCGCGGGACCGGGCGCGGGCGCGGGGGCGGGGCGCGGCGCGAGUAGAGGUUGCGGCGCGUACCGCGGUUGGGGUGCCGGUGUCGUUCCUGCCUUCGUGAACGGCAACGGUUUCGCCCACGCGGAGACGGUGGGCACCGGAGCCGGUACGAAAGCCGGUUUCGGCGCGCGGGGCGCCGAAGUCUUUGGGCCAGCGGUUUUAGGGGGCGCGUUUGCCGGGCGCUUCCGUGGAGCCUUGGGGCAUCCACGGUAGUUGGCCGUGUGUCCCUGCUUGCGGCAGAGUACACAGCUCGGCGGCUCCGUCGCUGUCUCCUUAACGCGCGAGCAAUCGGUGGUCGCGUGAUCGUCUAAGCACUUUACGCAACGCGGUCGCGCGUUGCAGUUACGCGCGGAGUGGCCAUAGAGUUGGCAACGGUGGCACUGCCCGGGAGUGCCGCGUUUGUAGGGGGCCUCUACGGUGACCCCCGAUAGGCCGCACACGGUGCGGAGACAUGAGGCAAUUUUCUUGCCCUCCGGUGUGGCUUCUAGUGCUACGAGCACCAUAUCGUACGCGAAUUUGUCGCGCCCGCUGUGCAUCCGGUGCACACUUAUGACGGGGUAGGACUGACCUACCAGGUCAUUCUUAAUUUGCUCGACGUCGAGCUCUUUGGGGACUCCGCGUAUUACGACGCGGAGUUCACGCUCCUCCUGGAGCGCAUAGGUAUGAUACCCUAUGCGUUCCUUGCGGAGGUACGCGGUCAACGACCUAUGGUCGUCGGAUGUUUCUACCUUGAUCUGAAUUCCAUGCGGGAUAUUCCUCGCAUGGACGACAUUGAUCUUUUGGGCCUUAAGGGCCAGGGACACGCGAUCCCAAGAAGACUUUUCCCGCAGGAUGACCGGCGGCGGCGCGGGAACUUUUCGGACGGGCGCGGGCCCGGGGCGCGGCGACGGGGUUGCGCGGCGAGGGGAGUCGGGUGAGACCACGACUUUAGGCCGCGACGCGUUCGCGGCCUUGGGUUGUUUCGGCGCCGCGGACGGUUCCACGGCGCGGGCGCGUUUUUUCCCGCGCGUGACGGUUUUGAACCCUUCGGAGGUUCCGGGUUCGGGACUGGCGGCCGACUCGAACUCCAUCUCCGACUCGGAGUCGGAGCCGGAGCUCGAUGCCGCGCAAGACGCGAUCGACGCAGGCGCGGGGGUGGGGGGCGACAUCGGCGAGUCGCGAGGUACCGGCGCGGGGGGCGACAACGGAGAGUCGCGGAGUGCCGGCGCGUCAAGGCCGGCCUUGUAAACUUCGAACCUUGCGACUAUGUCCGGACAGAAGUCGCGGACGAACUUGAUGAAUAGCGCAGCGUUGGUGUCACUCAUGGUGACGUGUGCCCGGGGGGGGCGUCCCCGGGACUUAAAGCAAACUCGCCGA